UUUCCUUCAAACAACAUCUAUUUGUUUCAUUGGACUGGAUUCAUCAGAUUCAACCCUCGGUCAGGUAUGCCCUCCGCCCCCGUCCCCGUCCGCGUAAAGCUCCAGUCGGCGGCAGGUGUCAGCCACUGCUGCCCGCUGGUGAAGGAGUGAUGGCGCACCGUAACAGAGCCUCCGCAGGUGCCGUGCACGUCUUUCGAGGAACUUUGAUGCACGCAACCGCCGAAGAAGCCGUGCAGGUCUUGGAAGAUGCGCUGCUCGGCGUCAACGCCGAGGGGAAGAUUGCCUUCAUCGGGGAAGGCAAGGAUCUGUUUGAUCUGUCAGAAACAUUUGGAUUCAGCACAGGUGCUGUCAGCCAACUGGAACAACAUGAAUUCUUCAUGCCAGGGAUGGUGGACACUCACAUUCAUGCACCGCAGUACAGCUACGCCGGCACGGCCCUCGAUCUGCCGCUGCUCGACUGGCUCAACAAAUACACUUUCCCCGUGGAGUCACGGUUUGAAGAUUUGACUUUUGCCCAGAAAGUCUACACUCAAGUUGUGAGGAGAACUCUGAGGAACGGAAGCACCACCGCUUGUUACUUUGCUACCAUCCACACCGACGCCUCUCUCCUCCUGGGACACAUCGCCAACGACUUGGGACAGCGAGCCCUGGUGGGUAAAGUGUGUAUGGACCAGAACAAUUGUGUGAAACAUUACAAAGAGGGCCUUCAGGAGUCCCUGGAGGAAACACAACGGUUCAUUUCGCAGCUCUUGGCCAAGAAGUACACUCUCGUCAAGCCAGUGGUGACUCCUCGCUUUGUCCCGUCGUGCUCUGGGGCCUUGAUGGGACAGCUGGGACAGCUUGCCAAGAAUAACAACCUGCAUAUUCAGAGUCAUGUAAGUGAAAAUAUUGAGGAGGUGAAGAUUGUGAAGGAGGCCUUCCCUGAUUAUGAUUCCUACACCGAUGUCUACCAUAAACACAACCUGCUUACCAACAAGACCGUGAUGGCGCAUGGUUGCCAUCUCAGUGAUGAAGAGUUGUCUUUGUUCCGAGAAACCGGAGCCUCCUUGUCGCACUGUCCCAACUCCAACAUCUCGUUGUGCAGUGGGAUGCUCGAUGUACGUAAAGUCCUGAAGCACAAAGUGAAGCUGGGCCUGGGAACAGACGUGGCGGGUGGCUACUCUGCCUCCAUGCUGGAUGCUGUGAGGAGAGCCAUGGACACGUCUAAAAUCUUGACCGUCCAGGACCAACACCAUGAGACGCUCACCUUUGAGGAGGUGUUCAGACUGGCUACACUCGGAGGCAGCCAAGCGUUGUCUCUUGAUGACCAAAUUGGAAAUUUUGAGGUGGGCAAAGACUUUGACGCACUGAGAGUGAAUGUAGCAGUUCCUGGUGGGCCCAUUGACUUGAUGCAGCCUGAGAAGCCAGAGAUUUAUCUAGAAAAGUUCUUGAAUUUAGGUGACGACCGCAACAUAGUAGAAGUUUAUGUGGCUGGAAGGAAAGUGGUGCCGUUGCCCGAGUAGAUCCAAUGCCUGGAAGAUCCAUGGCAUUCCUGGAAUUGUUGCUUUAAUUGCAUUUGUUCUGAAAUUAGUCAUAUUGUAUAACAUUCGAGUCACAAUGAUUGAAAUGAGUCAUAUUGUAAAAAAAUUUAGUCACAAUGAGGCUGCCGGGUAUUAUCGCAAUUGUGAGACAUUUUUGUCAAUUGCAGACUCUGUGUACUGUAACUGUAAGGACCGUUCUGGUAACAGCCGCGUUUGUUUCUUCAAUCAGGUGCACUUGAAAUACCGUCACUAAUUUCAGAUUUCAAAGGCACAUUGUUUUUUUUGUAAAUCUCAACCCAAAUCAAAACUGUUGCCAUAUGUGAUGGGGGUACCAUCAAAAUCCAAAUACUUGAUGGUGUGUAAUUACCAGAAGCUGUGGAAAUUCCAUGAAGAGAUUUCCAGUUAAUGUAAGAAAAUAAAAUCUAUUUUAUGAAAGAUCACUAAAUAGUAGGGCUGUGAAUCUUUGGGUCUCCCACAAUUCGAUUCAAUAUAGAUUCUUGGGGUCACGAUUCGAUUCAAAAUCGAUUUUUUUUCAAUUCAACACGAUUCCCGAUUCAAAACGAAUCUCUAUUCAUUCAAUACAUAGGAUUUCAGCAGGAUCCACCCCAGUCUGCUGACAUGCAAGCAGAGUAGUAGAUUUAUGUAAAAAGCUUUUAUAAUUGUAAAGGACAAUGUUUUAUCAACUGAUUGCAAUAAUGUAAAUUUGUUUUAACUAUUAAAUGAACCAAAAAUAUGACUUAUUUUAUCUUUGUGAAAAUAUUGGACACAGUGUGUUGUCAAGCUUAUGAGAUGAGAUGCAAGUGUAAGCCACUGUGACACUAUUGUUCUUUUUUUUAAAUUUUUAUAAAUGUUUAAUGAUAAUGUCAAUGAGGGAUUUUUAAUCACUGCUAUGUUGAAAUUGCAACUUAUAUUGAUACUGUUGUUGAGAAUAUUCAUUUUUGUUUCACUACUUUUGGUUUGUUCUGUGUCGUGUUUGUGUCUCCUCUCAAUUGCUCUGUUUAUUGCAGUUCUGAGUGUUGCUGGGUCGGGUUUGGUUUUGGAAUUUGAUUGCAUUAUUAUGGUAUUGCUGUGUAUUGUUUUGUUGGAUUGAUUAAUUAAAGAAAAAAAUAAAAUAUGUAUAUAUAUAUAUUUUUUUAAUAAAAAUAAAAAAAGAAAUAGAUUUUUUUAAAAUAAGAAUCGAUUCUGAAUUGCACAAUCGAUUUUUUCCCACACCCCUACUGAAUAGACAUUUCACAUUUAAAUUGUAUGUCUUUGCGUUCUAUCUCUGUAUGGGUCAAUGUGUAAGAAAAUGAAAUAAAGAAUACACCUUGCAUUUAGGUCUUGUUUGUGAUAGUAUAACCGUGUUUGUCAGAAAAAUUGUAUUUAAAUUAUCAAAAAACUUUCCAUUGUGAGUUUCCAUUGAACAGACAAGAAGCUGUCUUUGUGGCACCAAGCCAAACGCUCGGAAGAUUCCGCUGUGUACGAUGGAAUCAGACGGGAGGGGUCAUCCAUUGUCCUCCAAAACCUGCCAAAGCUGAAUCCACGACAAGCCCAAGCCCGAGGGAUCUUCUUCUUUUGUCUUCUAAUCUGACCGAAAACAAGGACUGUUUACAUUACAUACAACCCAUUCCUGUUGAGACAGGUGUUGUUGCGUAAACAUUGAACAUCUAAAUAAAAGAGAGGACGAAAACCUUCUUCGUCAGAGCGUGGUGCAGGACUGUACAGAAAGUACAGUGGCCAUGUCUCUCCUCAAUAUUGAGUCC